AUGAAUGAAAAUGGAGGAGUGGUCACAUGCCCCCGCCUCCCCUAUGCCCUCAAGGGCCUCUCAGAUGGCAGGUUCAAAGACAUCGACGUCGUCCUCGUCCAAGCUGCCAAGGUCGCCAAGUGCGGCUUCGACUUCCGCAGCAUCAUCGAGUCCGAUCUCCGCAUCCCCGUCGUCUACUGUGAGUACAUACCGGUACCUACUCCAUUGCAAUGCAUCGGAUCGUGCAUGCAGAAGUUUGAUGGUUUGGUUUGGUGGUUGCAAGCAGACCUCGCGCCGGAUCACAAGGCCACCGGCGAUGAGGCAGACCAGCUGCUCCACACGCUGCAGGAGGCGACCUACAUCAUCAAGAAGCCGUUUGACGACGGCAAAGAACUAGGAUCCACCCUCCCCAUGGUCAUCGCGUGGCGCAAGUGCGUCCUGGAGUCCCAGGCGAAAAGGGCGGUCGAUGACGCCGUCGAGGCAGCUUCAGCUUUGCCCGGCUCUAGCUCUACCAACAAUGUUGACGAAAAAGGCGAGAACGAAGAAGAAGGGCGAGUCCAUUUCAAGGUCGUCAAGAGCACCGUGAGAAAUCGGAAGAGGAAGAGCGGCAGUGGCUGCGACCCUAGUGCCUCCUCCUCCUCCUUGGCCGCCACCGGCGGCGGCGGCGCAGGAGGCGACCCCGCAGCAGCCAAGAGGCAGGAGCACCUGAACGUGGCAGCAGCAAGGCAGGAAAAGGACAACAUGCCUAGCCAGCAGCAGUCUGUGGUGCAGCAAGACAUGGUCGCACCACCAGUCGGCAAUCAUUUCACAGGCCUGAUGACUGGAGGUGGUGACAUGACUGUCGGAGCUUCCUCGUCUAUAGCCGCCGAUGCUUCACUUCUUCAACCUUCAGACCGUAGCUCACAACAAUUUGACCAAGACAUGAUUGCAACCAUGCUGGCCGUGUACGCCAGCCCGGAUUACCCACCUGUGGAGCCCCAGCAGCAUCACGUUGAUGAAGCAGGCGAAGCAACAAACGAGGCAGCAAUGGCAUUGGCAUCGCUGUACAUGGACAACUUCAUCAGCUACGACACCGUUGGAUCACUCAUCGCGCCUCAUGAUCGUCAGGUACUUGGCAUGGACUCCAAUGUGAACGAGCUGACAAUGGCAGGAGGCGGCGGAGCAUUUGACAGCAAUGCUGCAUCGUUCAUGGAUCUCGGCGUGGCGGCACCGCCAAACGAUGAUAAGCUACUGUCACCCGGAGCACAGGACAACGACGACGACGAUGACUACAUCUUUAGAUCGCUCAUGGGGUCGCAAGGCCCAGCUGACAUGGCGGUGGAUGGGAACGCUGGCCUCAUGGCAGGAAUGUUCCCUUAUGAUGAUCAGUUUGAGGAUGACACACCGUUCCCUCUUGAAGCACUUCUUGAAGAGACUGAAGCUGACAUGGGCAACAAUGCCGAUCAAGAUGACCAGCUGCAGGGUGGCGCAUCUGGCGCCGGGGCUGCCGCCGCCGCCGAUGUUGCAGGGACAACCUCGCUUGUCAACGGGGAAGGUGGUGGCAUGAUGAGUGUCUGGGACAUGGGUGCUACUGCUACUGAUGGCGCCAAAGAGCUGCAAGCUGCCAUGUACAACAACGCCGAUCAAGACGACCAGCUGCAGGGUGGAGCAACUGGUGGCGCCAGCGCUGCCAAUGCUGCAGGGACAACCUCGCUUGUCAGCGGGGAAGGUGGUGUGAUGAGUGACUGGGACUGGGACAUGGGUGAUUUCUUCAUGGAUAGCACUGGGGAUUUCAUGUUCCCGCACCCACACUACAUGGACAGCCCCAAGUAG